AAAAGGUGACAGAAUAUUUUAAUGAAGGUGGGUGGAGUAGUUGAGGGACUAUGAAAAGAUUGUAAACGCAAUAGAAACUGGUUUCAGUCUAACCACCAGCGACAGCCUCAACAAGACAGUUUACACCCAGCCAAAGACAGAAUGAGUGCUGACGGAACCGGAAACCCACCUCCAUAUGCCAUACCAGUAGAGGGUGCCAAGGGCUCCAACGUCAAGGUCUACCAUGUGCACACUCCAUUCACCCCAAAAAGCUCGACCAUUGACGAUUCUCGAACCCAGAUGGCAUCAGCCAGACCUGUUCAGUCAACGGAAGCCAGAAACAAAUUCGUCAGCUACGAUUCAUAUGAGCUGGGUCGCAAUCCAGGAAUGGCCACGUGCACAAGCUGCCAGCAGCAGGUCUUAACCAAUGUCACCCACAAAGUGGGAGUUUACGCCUGGUUGAUGUGCUUACUCUUCAUUCUGUGCGGGUUUGUUUUGUGCUGCUGUCUGAUUCCGUUCUUCAUGAAGUUUUUCAAAGACGUCUAUCACACAUGCCCGAAAUGCAAUAAGAUCCUGCACAUUGAAAAGAAGCGAUGCUGCUAACCCUUAACCCACCCCUUUCCAACUUUAACACCACUCAUGGAUUUGUGUGGAAGCUUACACUAUAUGAAGGACUGGAGGACACUUUCAGGACAACACAGAUGUCAUCUAGUACAAACGUGCUUGUGUAAACUAAUGCUUCGCAAUCUUUGAAUCUCAGAACCUUUUGAUGUUCAUCUGGCUUAGUCUUUAUUAUAACAUUAUAUUACGUAUUGCAUUACAUUAUUACACUCUCAAAUAAAUAUAAAUACUCAUGUUUUGAUUGUAUAUCUAGAAAGGACUCAGGGUUAAGGCUUCAGAGUGUUGAGGAGUUUGUGGAACCAAAAAUUAGAUUUUUAUAUCACAUAAUGUAAAUAUCAGUAAUUCUGGCAUCAACUGGUUUCAUUUAACAUCCAUGGAAACCUUCCAGUUGGACAAAAGGUUCUUUAGAGUGCAAAAAAAAAGUUCUUUAGAUUAUUAAAAUGAGAAAAUGAAAGUGUUAAAAUGAAAUUGUUUUUUUGGGGGCAUCGCCGUACACCUAUUUGGAUUUUUUUUUUUUUUUAAACACACCGUGUAGAAAAGCCAGGAUAUACGAUGUGUCUUCAUUUUUAAGUAUGAGUUCUAGUACUUCAGUCAUUUAAAUGAAUACAUUGCUUUAUUUAAAAAAAAAAAAAAAAAAAAAAAAAAAAAAAAAACAUUUUUGUAGUUAUGUCAAUAUCUAAUAUAUUUUACUGGGAAAAAACAUCCUCAUCUAAUAUAUACUAAAAAAAAAAAAAAACAGGGAAAAAGUCAUAGGGUCUUUGAAUAUUGCUGUGGGCAAUGGGAGGCUUUAAAGUCAAAAAGGUUGAGGACACUUAAUUUAGAACCAAAAAGAUCUGUUAAAGUAAAUGGAAGUCAUAAUUUCAAAACUCACUUUUUUAAUUAACAUACUGCCAAAGCUGACUGAUUAGCAUUUUUUUCACUUCUGUAAGUACUCUGAAUUUUUAGAAUAUCAAAUGUCAUGUGCAUCUAAAUGGAACUGUCAUAAUAAAACUGAAACGUGUCUGUGCAAUACCUUAA